AUGGAUGUCUUAAGUAAAGAUGUUUCUUCAGAUGAUAAUUUGAAGAGAAUUGAAUUUUUUAAUAAGGAAAGUAAUAAUAUAUUGGAAGAUAUAAAAAAAGAUAAAAUAUUAAAAAAUGAAAAAAGUGUUUUAAAAUCGCUAGCUCUGAAUGAUAAAAAUAAUAUAAAUAAAAUAAAUUAUACACACAAUAAUACUAAUACUUAUAAAACUAGUAGUAAUAAUAAUAAUAAUAAUAAUAAUAAUAAUAAUAAUAGCAUAUACCAUUUUGAUAGUAAUGAAUUGAAUAAUUGUGAUUUUUAUAAAAAUAUAUCCAUACCAGAUGAACUACACCAUUAUAAUAAAGAUGUAGACAAUAUAUGUAAUAUAAAUAAAGAGAAAAUUAAUGAAAAUAAUAACGAGGUAGAUAUUGUAUAUUCUUAUGUAAUAAAUGAUUCACAAAAAAACAUAGAUUCAAACAAUGAAUUAAUAUCUAUGAAUAUAUCAAUUGAUGAAGGUGAAAAUUAUGUUUUAAAAAAAAGGAUAAAGAAAUUACCCUUUUUCAGAUAUGGUCAUUUUUUAUGUUUAACAAAAAAUGGCUGUAUACUAGCCAUUGGAGGAACAGACGGAAAAAAAAAAUAUGGAUUAGUUGAAAAAUAUUGUAUGGAAAAUAAAAAAUGGAAACAAAUAAAUAUCAUGCACUUUUCAAGAUCCAAUUUUUGUGGUAUAUGUACAGAUAAUAAUGAUUUAUUUAUAUUAGGUGGAGAAGGAGAUGAAAGAAUAUUAAAAAGUGUCGAAUAUUUUGAUAGUAAAAUAAAUUCUUGGAGAUCUUUACCACCACUUAACUGUGUCAGACAUUCAGCCAGUGCCAUUUUUUUUCAAAACAUGAUUUUUAUUAUAGGGGGAAAAGAUGGAAUUGGAGAAUAUGGGAAAGUUCAUAAAAGUGUAGAAAUGUUAAAUUUGAAGGAAAAAAAUAUGAGAUGGGUUAUGUGUAAAUCAUUGAAACAAGCUCGAUUAGGAUUAGCAACUAUAGUUUUUAAGGGGAAAAUAUAUGCAAUAGGUGGCUCAACAGGUGUUAAAAAUUUAAGCUCAGUCGAAAUUUACGACUUCCAAAUUAAUAACUGGGUUGACGGCCCCAAUAUGAACCUACCUAGAUCAAAUAUGGUCGCCUUUAUUUGGGAGAACCAUUUGGUGGUAUAUGGGGGGAUAAAUAAACAUAAAGGGGACCUUAUUAACAGCGCUGAAAUAUUCAAUGAAAAAAAGAAUUGUUGGGAAUUACUAAACAAUAAUGCGAAAACUUAA